GUGGGGAAGGCGCUUCUCCGAGCGAUGCCGGGGGCGACCCGCCUGGCGAAGCGGAGGGCAGUGCUGACCUCGAUGGGUUUCCCAUUCCGUCGGCGGAGGACAUCGCGACUAUGUAUCUGGAGUCUGAACCUGGCAGGCAGCGAGCCACUGGUCUUCCGCGCGCAAUGAAAGCGCUUUUCGAAGAUGAAAUCAUGGGCGCUGGAGAAUGCGCGCGCCGCUUCGGCUCGGUCUUGGACGUGGACGAGUGCGUUGCCGACGCGCCG